AUGUCUGAUGAGGGAGUAGAGGGGGAAAAAAGAGAAGAAUGGAUGGAUAGAAGGGAAGAAAUCGUUCGUUUAGCUUUGAAAGAUGGUGAUUUGGAAACUUUAAGAAAGGUCUCUAGUUUACCUGGUGGGUAUGGUAGUGAGGAGAUGAGGAGGCGGCAAGAGAAGCCUCCAUUGCAGAAUGACGAUGAAACGAAGAUUAUCACACAUAAUGGAGUGGAACAGAAGUCCCUGAUCAACGAAAAUGAGAAAUUCAUGGGUGGGAAUGAACUUGAAGAGGAACCUUCAAAUGGACAAAUAGAAAAAUCGCAAGAACAUCAUAGGGACGAAUAUCAAGUUUCACUAGAUACUAAACGUUCUUUCGUUACUUAUCCCGUUGGGAUCCCAUUGGAAGAUAAAGAAAAUAUGCAAGAAGAUUUACAUGAUUUGAUAGUUGGUAUAUUGAGGAAAUAUCCUGAGUUGAGUUAUUUUCAAGGUUUCCACGACAUAAUGUCGGUUUUAUACCUCACUUUCAUUUCCCCUUCUUCCCGUAGUCGACCAAAGUCAAAGAUCGAAAAGAUUCCUCGUAAUUCUCCAACCUCUUCGCUGGAUUCUUCUCCCUUAUCACCGAAUAUGAACCACGUCAGAACAGAUGAUGUGAGACAUGAACUUGAAGAUAAACCCCCGCCGUAUUCAAUUGGAAAGGAAGGACGUGAUACUCCAGAAUGGGAUAUGUUGAGGAAAUGCGCCGAAGUGAUUAGCGUUUGUAGAGUUAGGGAUGCUAUGGGAAAAGGUUUAGAACCUAUGAUGGGGAUGUUGCGGAUCCUCAAACGUAUCCUCUACCGAGCAGAUCCUCGAUUAGCUAAAUUCUCCUCGACUAUAUCUCCCGUUCCGACACUACCAUUCUUCGCUCUCUCUUGGAUCUUGUGUCUGUUCUCACACGACGUAGAUACUUUGGAACCGAUACAGAGAAUGUUCGAUUUUGUCCUGGCUAGAAAUCCAAUUUCCGCCAUUUAUCUCGCCGUAGCUAUCCUCGUCGCUAAAAAACCGCAACUUCUCCGUUUAGUCAAAUCUCUUGGUCCAGAAGCUCAAUCCGAUCCUUCACUCCUUCAUCCACUCUUCGCUCGUCUUCCACCAUUAUACCCCGAUACACCUUCUCAUCCCACACCUUCUCCUACCCUUCACCCUCUCCCCACCUCAUCCUCAACGUUGAUGUCUGAUCCAGACGCUGUGAACCCUUAUGAACCUAUCCCAUUAUCGGAAUUAUUCGCACUGGCGGAUAAACUCAUGUUGCAGUAUCCGUGGGAUGGAGAGGAUAUACGAGGAAGGGAGAUUAUGGGUGUUGGAAGUAUUGUUUCUACUUAUGAUUCUUCCAUCUCCCCCCAACCUCCUCGCCUUUCGCCUGAAUUGGUAAAUUUCAACGUUGUCAAUGCCCUACCUUCGGAAGAAGACGACGAACCUCCUUUACCAGUGAAGAGGAGGAAGCCCAAGUGGCGUAUACAUUAUCCCAGGGAUAAAAAAGGUACAGUGUUGGCUAUAGGAGUGAUGUUGUUAGGUAUAGGUGUGGCGUAUUACGGAUUCAAGGCUGGUCCAUCGACAGGAUGGGGAAGAUGGUGGAGGGUUGUCUUGAGAGGAUGUUCCCUCCCUCGAGUGGUUUCAUCAUCUACACUACCUGAAUUGUGA